CAGCUACCCCUCCUUCCCCGAAAGUUGUGUGGUUGGUGUUCCCCGCAUCAUUGAAGAGAAAUAUUUAUUUUUAAAACCUGAGCUCAAAAUUAAGCGUGAAACGGUGGUUUUUGGCAUCGAUCGGCUAUCGAGAUGGACUUCACAGCAGAGCUUUAGUCGAACUAUGUCGGUCAGAGGCAAAUUGAGAGGCGUUUCGGACGUGUGCGGUGAUUGCGGGGCUCUCGAUCCGACGUGGGCUUCUAUCAACCGAGGGAUUCUACUGUGUGACGAAUGUUGCAGCAUCCACAGAAGUUUGGGCCGUCACAUCUCUCGUGUCAAAUCGCUGCGACGCGGAGCAUGGACCCCCUCACAACUUAGUAUGGUGCAAACUUUGAACAGCAAUGGUGCUAACAGCAUCUGGGAACAUUCUCUGCUUGACCCAACCCACGCCAAAACUGGCAGAAAGAAACCUCAGCCAAAGGACCCAGUCCACCCUACCAAAGCCGACUUCAUAAGAGCUAAGCAUCAAAUGCUGGCGUUUGUCUAUCGCCCGUCGAGGGAGGAAACUCAGUCUGAGGACGCAGAUCUAAGUCGUCAGCUUCACUCAAGCGUCCGAACCGUCAAUCUGGAAACCAGUCUUAGAAUGCUAGCUCAAGGAGCCGACUCAAACUUUUUACAUCCGGAAAAGGGCACUCGUCCCUUGCAUGUGGCGGCCAAAGAAGGUCAGGGCGGGCAAAUCGAGUUGCUGCUUGUGUACGGCGCAAACCCUAUGGCUGGCGACAUCAUGGGCAACACGCCGGCUGACGUGGCCAGGAUGUCUGGUCACCCAGAUCUUGCCAACAGACUCAUCGAGUGCAGCUAUGAGUUGACAGAUCGACUCGCCCACUACUUGUGUGGUCGUCUUCCUGACCACUCUAAUGGACAGCAUUUCAUCGUGCCAGAAAUGUCGGACAACGUUGAUCACCAAGAUCUGGCCAAGGCAGCUAGAAAGAGGCUUCAAGAUCUGCCAAACCACCUGUUUGAAGAACUAGCAACUGAUGUUUAUGAUGAAGUUGAUAGAAGAGAAACUGAAUCAAUCUAUUCAUCAGCUUGGGCAGCACUUCAGCCAGCUCCAUGGCCCUCUCCAGACCGCAGCAUCGUGCCUUUUCUUCCUGUAAACCCCGAGUUGUCGGCCACUCGGAACCAAGGCCGUCAAAAGCUGGCGCGCCUCAACGCACGAGAAUUUGCAAUUUUGAUCAUCGACAUUCUAUCUGAUGCUAAACGACGCCAAACUGCAACCGCCCUGCAAGGAAAAAAUCAACUAGGGCGGCGCUCGGAAGUAUCAGAUGACGAACCUCUUUACGAUAGUGUUGCUUCAGACGACGACUAUGUGACCGCCGCCUCAAUGGACACCCUGUCGGCGCUCUCGGCCGUCCCGUCCUUGGCUCAGUCCAGCUCUGAUGAAAAAGAGGCCACGCCACCCGCAGUUGUGAAUCCAAUUUCCAACGGAGAGUCUCGCGUGGAGGAUUUGCUGAAGAAGCAACUUGCAUGUUCGGAAAACAGGUUGGACACGAUGACCCAGGAGAUAAGGGCCCUCCAAGCAACGGUGGCUAGACUGGUGCAGAGCAAAAGCAACGACAACAUCCCCAUUCAGCUGCAGACCCAAGUGGGUGUUCACUGUUUGCAUGUUCAAGUGAGCACCCUGAUAGCAGAGAAUACCCACCUGCGCAGCAUAAUUGCCCAAGCUGGCCUGAACAUGAACAGGGUGCCCAAUGGACACGACCGAAGUCCGACUCCUACCUUUGCAAGCCGCUCUCCCAGGUCUUCCAUCCAGCAACGACCUGUUUCCAUGUACGAACCAAGGACGCAACUCCAGGUUGGCCAAAUCUCAACUGGUUCCUAUUCAAACCUGAGCUCAGCUGAUCCUGAGAUGUGGCGUCUGGAUUCCACUGCUGAAAUACUUCCUGCUCCAGAGGAUGUGAAAGAGCGAACCGAUGUUGUGACAAAAAGAAUUCAGGAACUUUGGGCUGCGAUGGUGGACAAUAGGCGUGAAUUAUUUCUCCCCUGUGCUGUGCGGAUUCGUGCUGCCGUUGGAGAUCUGACAACAAUUUUCCCAAAUGAGCCGCAAGAAGAGCCAGUGCGCAAUGCAAUUCAACAAUUAACCCAGCACUCGGGCCGCUUGCAAGCAGAGUGCACUUGUUUGCUGAGUCCAGGAAUGUCCCCUAGUUUGGGUCCAGAAGGUCCCAAUGAUCCCAGUCACACUCUUUUGGUGCAGAAGGUGCGAAGCUGUGCGUACGACAUUGCCAAGGCAACCAAGGUGCUUGUGACCCACUUCCAAGUUUGAGAUAAAUUAUCCUCCAACAUGUGAUGCUGGUGCCUUACAUAAAAAUUCUAAUUUUGGAAUGUUUUCUAUGUAAAUUUGCAAUUUGCCGUUUACUCAUCACGACUGAUGUACAUAAUAUACUUUUAUUAAUAAUAAUAGCCUCAGAUUUCUUUACAUCUUAAUGCAUUAUACCAACAAACAAAAUUGUAAUAAUUUAUCGUCCAACGUAAAUACGAUCAAAAGUUACAUGAAAUAAAUAAAAAUUAUAAUCUUUGAAACAA